GGUCCUUGGUCAUGCUUGGUAAACGAGAGAUUUUGGACAGCGGUCAGAUCUUGCACAACAUUAGUAAAGCAUUAUGCCUCGUUGCACGGCGAGGUUUGCCUCCAACAAACUUCGAAUUCUGAGAAAGACUGUGCUGCACUGGUGUCGUAGUUGCCAACAGUCUGCGCAUUGGACCAAAUUCCACUACUGAAAUGGGGUCAUGACGUACACACGCCAUCAGCGACGGCGUCCUAGAUGCACGUCACCAGUAUCAUAGCGUUGAUCUAAUAAGCUCGCAAGAAAUCUUUGCUAUAGUUUUCUCAAUUGGAAAGUUCUAUUCAUCUUUCGGACCUCGCAUUCAUACCAUCAACAUGUCCACAAACUACGACUUCAAAACCGCCCUCGUCACCGGCGGUGGUGGCGGCAUCGGAAAGGCCCUUGCGCAACAGCUGAUAAAGGACGGGAAGAAAGUCAUCAUCGCCGGCCGGACAGAGUCAAAACUGCAGGAAGCCGCAAAAGAAAUCGGAGCAGCAGCUUACUACGUGCUUGAUACCGGAGACGUCAAGUCUAUCCCAGCUUUCAUCAAGAAGCUGGUUUCCGAGCACCCGGAUCUGGACUGUCUCGUCAACAAUGCCGGUGUGCAGCGACCGCUCGAUGUCAACGAAAUGGAUCCAGAAGAAUUUGGAAGCAAGGCCGACCAGGAAAUCGACAUCAACCAACGUGGGCCCAUGCACCUCACAUUGCACCUGCUCGCGCACUUUAAAUCCAAGCCAAUGGCACUCGUCGUCAACGUAUCUUCCGUCCUUGGCUUUGUCCCGUUUUCCCUCGUCAACCCCGUAUACUGCGGUACCAAAGCAUGGCUGCAUUUCUGGUCGAUGAAUCUACGCGCUCAAUUAAAGGAUACCAAGAUCAAGGUCGUUGAGAUUGCACCGCCGACUGUAGCGACGGAUCUACAUCGUGAAAGGAAGGAUCCUGACGACAACAAGAAGGAGAAGAACCAAGCUGCGUUGAGCGUAGAGGAGUUUACGGAGGAGACGAUAGGGAAGUGGAAGAAAGGAGACGAGAUGAUCGCUGCGGGUCCUGCGAAUAAGAUUGUGGAUACUUGGCAGGAGAAUAUGGGACCGAUCUUCCAGAGCAUGGCUAAAUAAUCGUGGCUCCCCGAUGGAUUGAUGUUUAGUCAAUGGAUUUGUGCUUUGUUCUGAAGUGACCUCGGGAUGAUAGGCACGCCCGCGAUCAACUCCAAGCGGCUAGCGUGAUAUAAUGACCCCCAACCUCAGACGUGAUGCCAGCCACCCGAGUUUCAAAGGCGCGCCGAAAAAGUAACACAACAAAUUCUCU